GGUUGAUUUCAAGCAGGGCCAGAUAAUGAAAAGAUCGUUUCUUUACGCUGGAAAAAAAAGUUGAUCAAAGAGGUUUGCGAGGCGAGAAGAUGCAGACGUACACCGAGAUGAGCAACGCCGAUUGGGACAUGAUCUUCGGCGUGAUCAACGCGGACAUGGGCGCCGCGUCCCCCGUCGGAGGGCAAAGUUCCCCCCGUGCCCACCUACCGGUGGUGGCCAACUGCCUUGGCCAGACUCAGGAAGUUCUGGGGUUGGCGAGCGCCCAGAGUCAGGGGGCGCGCGGACCGAGCGGUCAGGAGCAGGUUAGUUGCGCCCCCAUGGUGGUGUGCCAAAUUCCUGUUGACGUUACACCAAAUGGACCGAUUUUUUAUCAGUUGACCCCUGGCCCUUACUUUGUGCCUCCUCGUCCACCACAAAACCAAACGAAGUCCUCCUCAAAGAGGAAGAUCAAUUCCUGGCCCCAGGAUUUGACCAGGCCUUACAUUAAGAAGCCCCCCAAUGCCUUCAUGCUCUUCAUGAAGGAGCAGCGGCCAGUCAUCAAAGCCCAGUUUGUGAACAAGGACAGUGCCACUGUCAACAAGGUCCUGGGGCAGAUGUGGAAGUCGCUGACGCUGGAGGAACAGCAAAAAUACUACAGGGAAUCGGAACGGCUCAAUGAGAUCCACGCUAACACAUACCCGGACUGGUCCUGUCGAGAUAACUAUGGCAAAAAGAAAAAGAGACAGUGGAGAAAGGCAACCAGUAGUUUCAAUAGUUUGACAACGUCUGCACCUGAGCACCAACCGCAGGACGAUGAGCUGGGCAAACGCACUCGUGCGGCCGAGUCUCGCUAGUUUCCCGCCGGCGCCUUCAAACAUCCUGCACAAAGAGGGUGGAGCGGACCUGACCGGCGCCCUGAUCGAGCGGCUUUCUGCCGUGGAGGCCGAGGCGUUCUCUCCGCCCCUUUUUGUCCUCUUGCUCUACCACGAGGCAGAGAGUGAGGUUUUGUUUAACCUGAUUAUGUGAAUGCAGCUACGAGAGGCCCAAAGGUGGCCUGAAAUGGGUGCCCUUGCAGCUAUCAGAAAGACACUGUCACCGGAGAGCGCUUCAAUGGGCUCUUUGCACACAAUGUCGUGUCGUCACAUCCUUUAAAAAUUACCGCUUACUCCUCCGGUUUGCUGAGCUACAUGUCUUCAUUUGAAUCAUCAAUCAGCCAAGUAUGAGCAGAACCAAAACUGCUGCUUGUGCCCCUGGUUUCCCAGGAGUAUAACGCAAUCAUGAUUGACAGUAUUCCCCCGUCGUAGUGAAAACAAAAAUAAAAAAGCCCUAAAGCAGAUGACCCGUACACUUUAAUGCCAAACAGAUUUUUAAAAAAGCAAAAAGAACAACAGGAACUUAAAUGCAACACGUACAUGGCAUCACUAACCCAGAUUGAUCACAUCAUUGGGAAGCAUAUUGACACAACUGUGUAUAAUUGUAGGUGCAAGAUGAAACAUAGCUUUCUUAAACUGCUGCUCAGCGCUUGGUGGAAGACUUUAAAAAUUAAUCUGUGUACAAAAUUAAUCUGUGUACAUCUGUGAUGGUUAAUUGAGACAAAUCCUGUAGAAUAAUACACAUUUUCAAAAAUGGGAAAAUUUUAGCCACUUUUUCGGAACGCCGGAGAUUUUGUGCAAAGAGCUCAGUAUCAAUUGUGAAGUUGAGUGGCAUUUUAUUAUUAUUGUACUAGCUAUGCACAUGACUAAUGUCAUUGUUGAGCCUGAUUAUUUUACAAAUGUAUAUUUUGAAUUCUGUCUGUGAAAUUACCUCAAACUGGACAACUGUACAUUGUAAUUUUAAACAACUGAUAUGCAAACACUAUGUCCACAGUACAGUUCUUGGUAAUGUCCUUGUUUUGCCAUGUUGUCUUUACUAUAUGAUGACACUGCACUGCAUUCCAUACUGUACAUUAUAAUAACAAUAUUGAAUGUC